AUGGCCACGAGAACUGGGGAUCUAAAAUCCUUCAAGCCCAUUCUGCCUGCAGAUCUGGCGGAACUCACCAAGCGGACAUACAAAGCCAGAUUCCAAGAAGAACAGCUUUCCGAGACCAGUACAUGGAGGUUCAUGGAUGGGCCGUCCACUCAAGUAACAGUUCAUCACCGUGGCACGGUAGCCUCCUCACCCUUCUUCGACGACCCCUUAUUUCAUGAUCAAAUAUCAGCACAGGAAGAGAAUCUUGUACAUGGCUUCGUAUCAGCGGAGAACCCGGAGCACCAUCGAUGGCUCUUCCCUACAACAGACGUCAUGGAGGAUUUCUGCCACCACUGGAGCGGUGAAUGGACUGCGGGUUGCGACUCAAUUUUCCACAACAUUGCAAAAGCACUUGAGUGCGGAACAGCUAAACCCUUGACACGAAAGGGUUGGAAGUCUUACUUGCACAGCACGAAUCACAGGGCACGUCGUCCAACUGUACACAUUACUGCGACUCAUUUUUCGGAAGUCGACGAGCUCUUACUUGCAUUCCCGGACCCUUGGCAUGGCAAACACAUCGCUGAUAUCAACUUUCCCACUCCGUUCGAUUCCUUAAUCACACUAUGUAAUGUCACCUUUUUUCUAUUCUUCAAACCACCACUGCGUGUACUCCGUGUCAGGAAUAGCGUUGUAUCACAUUCUUACGGAAGUAUAAGGUGUUUGGCUACUAAACAGCAGCCUUAUCCAUCUUCUCACGUUUACUACCUUCUCAAGGAUUUCCUGAGAAGGAGCAAGGAUCGUGCAACGGAUCUCCGAAGCAUUGACGAUCUCCGCUAA